CGCGGGGCCUUGCUCUCGCUGCCCCGGCCUCUCCCAGCCCGUCCACCCGGGAAGCGCUCGCUGGCUCCCUGGACGCUGCCGCUUCGCUUGUCCCGGGCGGCGUUGCGUGGGCUGCGGCCGGGCCUGGCUCCUGACGCUCGCCGUGUCCGGUGGCGGUGCGGCCUGAGCUCCGUGUCCGCUUUCCCUCCCCCCCCCACGGCCUCUCGCGUAAGAUUUCUCCCCGUUUCCCCAGAGCCGAGCCGCGGCUCUGUCAUGCCGGGUCCGGCUACCGGGAGCAGGGCCCGAGUGUACGCCGAGGUAAACAGCCUGAAACCCCGCGACUACUGGGACUACGAGUCGCACGUUCCUGAGUGGGGGAACCAGGAUGAUUACCAGCUGGUGCGAAAGCUUGGUCGUGGAAAAUACAGUGAAGUCUUUGAGGCCAUUAACAUAACAAACAAUGAGAAAGUGGUGGUCAAAAUACUGAAACCUGUUAAAAAGAAGAAAAUAAAACGUGAAAUUAAGAUACUAGAGAAUCUCCGCGGUGGCCCCAAUGUUAUAAAGCUGCUAGAUGUGGUGAAGGACCCUGUGUCAAGGACUCCAGCCCUUGUUUUCGAGCACAUCGAUAACACAGACUUCAAGCAACUCUACCAGAUCCUGACAGAUUAUGACAUCCGGUUCUACAUGUAUGAAAUCCUGAAGGCUUUGGAUUAUUGCCACAGUAUGGGCAUCAUGCACAGGGAUGUGAAACCACACAAUGUGAUGAUUGACCAUGCACAGAGGAAGCUUCGAUUGAUUGACUGGGGCCUGGCUGAGUUCUAUCAUCCUGAGCAGGAGUACAACGUGAGAGUGGCCUCCAGGUACUUCAAAGGUCCUGAGCUACUGGUCGACUACCAGAUGUACGAUUACAGCCUAGAUAUGUGGAGUUUGGGAUGUAUGUUGGCCAGCAUGAUAUUCCGUAAGGAGCCUUUCUUCCACGGACAUGACAACUAUGACCAGCUUGUUCGAAUUGCCAAGGUUUUAGGAACUGAUGAAUUGUUCGACUACCUCAAAAAAUACCACAUUGAACUGGAUCCUCGAUUUAAUGAUACUUUGGGCCAACAUUCUCGGAAGCGCUGGGAGCAGUUCAUACACAGUGAGAAUCGGCAUCUGGUCAGUCCUGAGGCCUUGGAUUUGCUGGACAAACUACUUCGUUAUGAUCAUCAGCAGAGACUAACAGCUAAGGAAGCGAUGGAGCAUUCGUAUUUCUAUCCAAUACUGAAAGAGCAAUCAGAUGGGGCCCGGAGUAACAACUCACACUUGCCCAAUGUUUCUGCAGCCGUGCGAUGAGUCCUGCUACUGUCCGCACAGCUCAAAGUGCAGGAAGCCGAGGAUCUGCAGGUUUUACAGGGGAGGCAUUGGGCAAGAGAGGAGCGAACACAGUCUGGGAAUGUGAACUUGUGACUGCAGCGACACAGGUGACCCAUAGCUUACCCUAAAUCCAAGUAGCAGCACCUCUACUACAUCCAUUUAUUUUAGAUUUCCAUUUAUGUUUCGGAGAGAAUUACAACUAGUAGAUUUUUUUUGUUCUGAAAUUAAUGUUUUUGUAUAUUUAUAUAUUUUUUUGUAUUGUAAUAAAAUACCUAGAAUGUGUUCCAUUACCAGAUGUUCUCGUCUUGUCCUUUUUCCUGUUGCUGUAAAGGUUUUCUGUUUUGCCAAAUAUAGUUUAACAUUUAACAAGAGAGAGAAAAAAAAAACACUGUAAACGUCCAACAACAAACCGCUGGUCCUCAGCACCAGUCCAUCAAGAUGGAGGAGAGUCGUCCUCUUUAGAUCCAGCCUCUGUGUUAAAGUCGCAACUUCUCAUUCCCGAGAGGUACCCGUCGAAUCCAAGUCACCUUCAUAAUGUUCAGACUCCAUCAACCUGCUGCUCGUGUGCAUGUGGGCAGAUGCGCCUUGUAACCGGUUGAACCUGGCAGUCGGCUUGAUAGGUCAAUAAUAGUCUUAUUUGAUGGUUUGAGUUGCCAUCCUGUUUACAUAGUUAGCACUAGCCAUGCUGCCCCCCCACCCCCCACCCAAGGGAUACCAGAUGCCACUCGCUGUGGUGGUCUGGUCCGUUCUACAGAUUCGGUGAGGGUGAGAGAACGGAGGACUUUAUUCAGAAGAGAUACAACAUGUUAGCUGCCAGGAAACUCGGUUACAGCUUCUAAUGGUAAGGCAUCAGUAAGUAGAUGAUAUGAACCAUCUUACAAAACUUUGG